GCCGCAUUCCCCACCCCCAGGCACGCAUAUCAGAGCUUGGAGCAUCUAGGAUUUCACUCUGGGUAGAGCAGCCUUUCCCGCAUCAAAGAACCGUGCUUGCAAGCAGUAGCCGAAUGUCCCAACUCUUUGGUCGGGUCCGGAACAAGCUAUCGGGUAGUCAGGCCGAUAUCGAUCCCCACCACUGGCGCCUCCCGCCAGCUGCCUCUUACACGGCGACCAAGAACAACAACAGAAGUGGUAGCGACAACGGCAACAACAGCACCGGCAAGAAACAGUCUAGGCACACCCCUCUUAUCCCAAACCCAAAGAUCUUCAAAAAUGCCUUCAUCCCGCCAGAUCCAGAAGCUGGCCUCGGCACUCCCAGCCGCAGCGGCACCGGGCUGGGCAGUAGCAUGGUCGACGUCACCAACAAUAACGAUGCCCCAAUCUAUCCUGACGUGAGCCAUGCUGCUGUCCACCUCGCCCUUUUGGAGUGCUUCCAUGAUCUCCGCCACAGCGCAGACGCUCUCGACAUUGAGAACCUCAGAUCACACACCACGCACCAUCUUCGCCAGCAACAGCACCACCCGCCCACAUACAGCGAGAAACCUAGACCUCUGGACCUUGCUGCUACUGGGCCAGGCGCUCCCACCCCGACUGCUGAUAACCAUGACGGCGCUCAAAAGUGGGAUCUGCUUGUCCGCCUAGCCGUCGACCGCUUCGGCGUCUGGUGGCGCGACAUCGCCAAGGUUCUGCAGCAUGCCUCGGUUUACACGCACCUGCGGCACCCAAAGGCGGCCGUCCAGCUCGGCGAGAACUAUCUUCCGCCUCUUGAUGUCCUGCUCGUGUGGUACGUCUUUAUGCUCCAUGGCGACGGCGAUGCCUACGCGUCGGCUUGUCGUGACCACCGCGACGUCCCACGCCUCCAACAUUUGUGCUUCCCCUGGGAGGCGCUUCGCUCUGUAAUCGACACAAACUCUCCGGGGCGGUACCACCACCCGCUUGCCAACAGAGUACAAUCUUCUGCCUCUUCUUUGUCUUCACCAUCGUCAGCAGCAGCAGCAACUGUGGUCUCACAGACUGCAGGAGGUCACAUCCCUGUUCAAAGCGGAUUUGCUUACAACCUCCCCCGAGCGGCUCAGGCUCUUUUCCGGACUCUGAGCUCGCAGGACGCCGACGUCGCUGCGUACCUCAAGAAGCCUCCUCCAUAUGUUGAGGAUCACUCCCCAUUCGCGUUUGACGGCAUCGACCUCUAUCGCGAGGUAAAGAAGCUCUUUGGUACGAGACCAAGCGACCCCUCUUCAAUUACUUCCAAGGCAUUCGUGGAUGAGUCGCACGAUUUGCUCUGGAUCCGCUCCCCUAGUCUUGUCGGAACCUUGGAUCGCAAUAGCCGACAGUACUUUGAGUGUCUGUUGAGUGGUCAGCUCGAUCCGUCGACCAUGUCGCACCCAGCUGAGGAUGACCCGCUUGGCGACUUCCGACUGCCUUUUGGUCUCGAGCUCUUGUGGAGAACACAUCGUCUUUACCCGAUCCAAUAUCGGCUAUUCUACGAGGCCAAGCUUGGUCAGGUCCUUUCCGGACAGCGUCUACUGCCAGAAGAAAACACUACAUUGAUGAGUGGGUUUGAUGGCGGCUAUGCAGAAGAGAUCGAAGAGACAGUGCGCGUGGAGCAGCUCGAUCCCAGGGCCAGUGUUACCUCACGUGCUACCCGCAAGAAAGCUAUGUGUCUGUGCUGGACGUGCGAGCGUAUUCGCGACGACGCACCAGACUUUGCAUACUUCGUGGCCCCAUCUCGCAUGCCCUCAUGGCCCAUGUCUCCGUUGCACCAAUGCUCGUCUUCCUCUUCCUCUGCAUCCGUGUCUUCGGCAUCCAUGGCAGACGACCCCAUGUCAACGUCGACAUCGUCCACUCCGGCUUCUUCACCUUCUUCAGUGCCGUCUGCGCUGGUGAGCGACGCCACUUGCUACGACCCGUCACACAUUCAAGGCCUGAGCGGCGAUCAGCUCCGACGGAUCCAGGACGACAUCGCGUUCUACCGCGCAGUUGAGAGCAAGAGGCGCGCGGGAGAGUCCUUGCCGACACGCACCCUGACGGCGGCGGAGAAGGAGGCGGUGAGGAAGGCGAAGGAAAAUCGGUAUAUUCCAGGAGUUUGAACACACAGGAAAACAGACUUUCCGCCAUAGUCGCUUUCAGGCGCCACGGGUUGUAUAGUUUACGAUGCGGAGAAGAGGCACCUUGGAGUGUUUAAAGAUAGCAUACGAUUGUUGUGGAAGUUGAUGAGGCAUGGAACAGGUUGUAAUGCCGCGGGUAUACGAAUGUACGCUUUUCAUUUCCAGAAUCUUUGAACUGUGCCACAGAGUCGUUUUUGUUUGGACUGGUACGUCGUCCACUGUGGCAUUGCCUCUAGUCCAAACGUUACCAACAUGGAUCAAACAAGAGGAUAACUGCUCAUGCUUCGACAGAAGCAAUUUUCUUUUUUUUUACACGCCAUGAAUUGUCACACGGGAACAUCCUUCCCCUCAGCGGUUUCUGUGUAG